GGGGAUCGAUAGAUGAUGAAUCUCUUGAGGAGGCGCCCUUCGUUGACGAAUUCUUUAUGGGGGACGAUGAAGAAGGGCUACCUCCUGCUCCCAAUUGUUAUACGGCCUCAGCCAUGGCCACCAGUAGAGAAGAUUGCUGGAGAGAAAAGGAAGAUCCCUACCUCCACUACCUCUUGAUUCAAGAGGAUGAGGAAGAAGGAUGUUAUGGGAUGGUAGAACAGGCCGUUGUUGCAGCUCAUGAGCUGGCUGAGAGUUCAAGAAUGGUUGAGUGUCGAUUGAAUGAGAUAGAGGAUGGGUCAGAGGAUUUGGAGCAGAGUAAAGAUGAUGAGGGAAGGUUUAGAAAGGAAGAAUAUGAUGGAGAGUAUAAGAGGGUCGGUAUGGUGAUGAGUAGUAAUCACCUGAACGAGUUCUACAAUGAGAGAACAAAGAGGACCUUUAGGCUACGUAGGGGUCACCUUUUUGUAGAUGCUAAGGAAGGACUACCGCCGCUGAGAGUGGUGUGUGGUAGAGAAAGGCAACUAAAGCGGAGGAGCCCACCAGGGCGAGCAGGGGCACUCUUGGAAGGCCGAAAGGUACCCUACAGCCAGCCAGAUGAAGACAACGGGGUUUGGUAUGACCCGACAGUAAGCGGCACAGAGCCAGCAGACAAAGAGAAAGGGGUUUGAUAUGUUUUAUAUGAGAUAGCAUAUGAGGCCGCACAACUCGAGCUGUCAGAUGAAAAACAGCGCAAGCAUGACGCACAAACGAUGGUCGGGCGGCGAGGCCUGGUGGACGACGAGCGGUUCUGGUACAAGUGUCAAGUGGCAACGGCGGUGGCGCAGGGCGAAGCAGCUGUGGCAGGACGGUCAGAGGAGGUAAUCGGCCCUUCAAGGGGGAAGGGACCAGUCCCAUAUCUUGGGGAUGGCUACAACCAUUUGGUGGGAGCAGACUUCGUCAUACCGGCUUUUCGGAAGCCUCUCUAUGGAGACCGAUUCCUGGAGGUUUCAUACAACUACAUCUACGGCAAGGGACGGAUCGAGAUCUUGAUCGGUGCCACUGGCAGCAUUUCCCUCGCUGAGGAGUUGUACCUUCGGAGCGUUGCGGACGAGGAGAUGGCUAGAUGUAUGGCAUAUAUCAGCAAGAUCGAUCCUACGGCAUCCUUUGACCUCAGCUACGUGGUCCCAGAGUCGAUGGCCACUCAGAUUCUCAAUGACGAGGAGGACCAGCGUGUACCAGAUAUAGAGUCCCAGACAGUCGAGCCCACUUAUGAGGGGGUACCACUUGUCGUCAUUGAUUGAGGCUCGUAUCUUUUAGUCACUGAGAUGUNACCAGAUAUAGAGUCCCAGACAGUCGAGCCCACUUAUGAG